AUGACUGCAAACGAUGCAUCCUCGCCACUAAUCAUUCUACUGUACACCUGCCCCGCAAGAAGUAACAUCAAGUCUGACCUGACCCACCAUGACGCAACCUCGCCAAGAUCCGACACAGAGCCUAGCCAUUCACAGAGUGCCACCUGGUGUACCUGUUGUGCCUGCCCUUGCUCCUCUCCGCCCUGUACAAUUGUACUGUACACGUAUCACGAGCACGUCCUCAGAUCCCUCCAUAUCCUCGCCAUCCUCCCCCCUCCCCCCUCCCCCCUCCCCCCCCGCGGCAAUGCGACGCAACCGCAAUCUCGCUCCGCCUCCCCUAUCUCCAUCAUGACCCCAUCUCCCGCCUUCCUCCCGCCCGCCUUCCCCACGCCUCAUUCGCCACGCUUCCGCCCACCUCCAAGCUCCCGCUGCCCGCGCUUCAGGCCAACCGCAGCGGCUGUCCCGAUCCCUGACGCGGGCCUCAUCUCCUCCCCGGGCAUCACAGGCACCGCCUGUACAAACCUUUUCCCGCUCCCAAUUCUCGGCCGCUACGGCUGGUUCCUCAACGUGUACGACCGCUCCGUCGCCUCCAAGGUCGGUCCUUUCGUCGUCAAAGCCGGCCCGUCGCAGGACAGUCCGCUCGUCCUCUCCUUCUCCCCGGACCAACCGCCGUCCGAAAAAGACACCGCCUCGUCCCACUCAGCAUUCCCGGGGGUGGCCGCUGGCAACUUGAACGUCGCGAAAAUCCUUGCCAAGUUGGGUCGUGGCCAGUCCGUCCCGUACUCUCUCAAGCUCUUCGAAAAGGGCGCCGGAGAGCCGUUUUGGAAGCGCAGGAAUGAGGUCCACCUCGCUGAUCCGGCAGACCCUCCCUUCGCGCUUUCAGACGCAUGGCAGGAGGCUGCUCCCACUUUUUUUAUCGAGUCUAAAUCCUCCGCCUAUGACAUUCGUCAUGUAUACUCGGGCGUCGGUGCCAAACCACGAAAUUCAUCAAGGUUUGAAUAUUUUGCCAUGAAUCUCUCCCCGAUUUGGCCGUUUACCAAGUACUCUUGCGUUGUGUGCGUUUGGAAACAGCGCAAGGGAACGGCCCCCGUCGCUAUCGACAAGGUUAACGGGUCCCUCAGGCUUUCAUUUUUUGAUCCGCUUGAGCUCCCCACCUCAGAAACCGACAAAAACCGCCCACUUCCAAUCGCCAAAUUUGCUGUCAAGACCUUUUACGGAGCUGUCACAGAUACCACCGUCGCUAAACUGCACGAGGUUCUGCUUGCUGCACUUUCCAAAUCUCCCUCCAUCAAACCCGUUUCGGAUACCGCCUUCAGAAUCGUGGUCGAUAAUAAGCCUGACGUCUUCACACCCUCCCGCAAGAACGAACUCUGGGUCCAACUUGAAUGA